CCUUUCCUCAUUCAGGUUCCUCCAGGGGAGUGAGGUCAUCAUGGCUCUGAAGUCUCUAGUCGUGUUGCCACUGCUGGUCCUGGUGCUGCUGCUGGUGCGGGUCCAGCCUUCCCUGGGCAAGGAAUCUGCAGCCGCCAAGUUUGAAUGGCAGCACACGGACUCUGGCAGCUCCCCCAGCAGCAGCUCCAACUACUGCAACCUGAUGAUGGUCUGCUGGAAGAUGACCCAGGGGAAAUGCAGGCCAAUGGACACCUUUGUGCACGAGUCCCUGGCCAAUGUCAAGGCCGUGUGCUCCCAGAAGAAAGUCACCUGCAAUAAUGGGCAGUCCAACUGCUACCAGAGCAACUCUGCCAUGCACAUUACAGAGUGCCGCAAGACUGGCAGCUCCAAGUACCCCAACUGUGCCUACAAGACCACCCGGGUGGAGAAACGCAUCAUAGUGGCUUGUGAAGGAAAACCGUAUGUGCCAGUCCACUUUGGUGCUUCAGUGUAGGUCUCCACCUGAGGCCAGAGCAGCAAAAUGCGCCACUUCAUCACAAAGGCAUCUGCCUCUCCCUCAUGUUUCCUUGCCCUGGGAGCAAUAACUCAAGUUAGUUAAGGCUUUUAUCCCUGCAACUCCCACCACACACACACCACCCCCUACCCCCCACACCAUGUUUCCCUGGCAUGAGGGUAAUAACUCAAGCUAGUUAGGGCUCUUAUCCAACACACACAUGCUCCCCUGGCCUGAGGCUUGCCCCUGUGUAGUUGGGGGGUGAGGAGUGGGUUGUAAUAUGGGACCCAUGUUAACCAAAUCACCGCUACUUUCAAUAAAACACACUUGCAACCACCUGAAUUACUGAUGCUGUCCUCAUGUAUGAGGGCUUCUGUGGUUGUGGUGCAUAGGCUCAGCU